UUCUCGCGGGGCGAAGCCGCUGCUGGGGUUACACAGGGCGGGGGGACGGGAGAGGGAGAAGGGCGAUGGGGAAGAUGGAAGCGGCGGCGCCCCAGGACAGCCUGGAUGGAGACCCAGUGGCGGAGGGUGAGGAGAGGGGCCCCACUCAGGUCAGGCGCGUCGCUGUGCCCCGGCCGCCCUCCAUCGAGGAGUUCGCCAUUGUCAAGCCCAUCAGCCGCGGCGCCUUCGGGAAGGUCUACCUGGGCCGUAAAGGAGAAAAGCUAUACGCCGUCAAGGUGGUAAAAAAAGCUGAUAUGAUCAAUAAAAAUAUGGUCCAUCAGGUGCAGGCAGAGAGAGAUGCCUUGGCUCUCAGUAAAAGUCCAUUCAUUGUCCACUUGUACUAUUCACUUCAGUCUGCCAACAAUAUCUAUUUGGUCAUGGAGUAUCUGAUUGGUGGAGAUGUUAAAUCUCUUCUUCACAUAUAUGGUUAUUUUGAUGAAGAAAUGGCAGUGAAGUAUAUCUCUGAAGGGGCGCUGGCUCUCGAUUACCUUCACAGGCAUGGGAUAAUCCAUAGAGACCUGAAGCCAGACAAUAUGCUGAUAUCUAAUGAGGGUCACAUUAAGUUGACAGACUUUGGGCUGUCCAGAGUUACUCUGAACAGAGAAUUAAAUAUGAUAGAUAUCCUCACUACACCAUCCAUGUCUAAACCCACGCAAGACUAUUCACGCACUCCUGGACAAGUGUUGUCUCUCAUCAGCUCCCUAGGUUUUCAUACUCCAGUUGGAGGGAUAGUGCAUGCACCUAGUCCAAGCCCUCUUUGUCCAAAGACAUCUCAUUUUUCGCAAGGAUUUGUUUCCCCCCUAUCUAUAAGCCACAAAGACUACAGUUCUACAUCAAACAAGCUACUGAGAGCAUGCCUUGAUUCUGUGGCAGUAACACCUGGAAUGCCUGUGAAGAGUCUGACCCCAACUCUGCUUCAGUCCAGGAAAAGGUAUGGGACCUCCAGUGCCAGUAGCCAUUCCCGCACCCAGUUGUCCAGCAUGGAAUCAGAAUGCUGCAGCAGCCCCAGGUGGGAAAAAGACAUGCAGGAAGCAGAAGACAUACUCUUCUCUGCUCCAGGCAAAGUGAAUGAACCACAGAAGACCAAGAAUACAGAUUUGCUGCUUGUUAAUGGUACUAAAGGCUUAAAGCGAAAGAUGCUGGAGUCUGCCAUCUCCCCUAUUAGCAGCAAUGAUUCUGGGAACAGGCAUGAAGGAAGAAUUGAACAUUUUGACCCCUGUGAUACUUCUAUAAGGAUCUGUGAUAUGAAAGACUUGGUCCGAAAAUGUCUUUCAGAAUAUAAAGAAUGGGAAGAAAAGCUCUGUACAGAGCAAUCUGCUCUGGCUAAGGAGGUAGCCAAAUCUUCUAGUUGCCCCCUGCCCACUUUGGUCUUGGACAAUCUUGUGAAAGAAAAGAAAGAGGAGGCAAUGUUAGAGGUGCCAGGUGUCAAAAGAUGCUUUGAAUUAGUUGACACCAGCCCUUCUCAAGAUCUGAUCCUUGUAAAAAAAAGCAAUGCAGUGUAUAAGCGUGGCUGUAAAAUCACUGAGAUUCCGGAAAAACAAAGCACAGGUUUAACAACUGAAAUCUGUUGCUUAAAACUUGAUGGAUGUCUGCAAGAGACCUGUACAAAUGAAGAUCAAGCAAAAGAUUCCAGUUGCACUGAACAAAACAGGGGUGACAAACCAGCCACUCCUUUAAUAGCAAAGAAUCUUAUGCACGAUCUAGAUGCAGACUGUGAAAAGGAUGGGAAAAAGGAGCACAUUAAUUCCAGUUUCUUAUGCAUUGACGAUGAAAAGCCUUUAGCAAGCAUGAGUGUGGACUCUGAUCUAUCCCUUCCAGAAGUGUCUGCUGCAGGGAGUCACUUAGAAAAGCACUUUUCUGAUUUAGACGGGAGUAUUAAAGAUGUCACCUUUGAGGAGCUAAAAACAGAGAAUACAUCAACAACUUCACCUUGUUGCCCAGAUGCCUUGCCAAGACAUGAGGAGGUUGCUGCUGUCCAGGAGAGCAAACCACUGUAUCACAAUCAGGACAAAAACUUGAAAGGUGUAGCUGAAAUGCACACUGAUAUUCACUCUUGUUCAUCUGCGGAGAUGGUGAAGGCACUGCAACUCUUAAAGAAAAAUGUGGUUGCUUUUCGGAGUUACAACAGUCAAAUCAGUAUGUCUAAUACAUCUGAACCAUCAAGAAUUAGCAUGAUGUCUGUAGAAGGAAUGGAUAUCUCUGCUUGUAGUGGCUCCUAUCCUAUGACUGUUACACCUGCACAAAAGGGAACUCCAUACAGAGUAUAUCAGACCCCCCAGGGAAACACUGGUACACCCUACAGGACCCCCAAGAGUGUCCGAAGAGGAGCUGCCCCAGUAGAGGGAGAGCGCAUUUUAGGAACCCCUGACUAUUUGGCCCCUGAGCUCCUCUUAGCACAGGCUCAUGGUCCUGCAGUAGACUGGUGGGCACUUGGAGUUUGCUUGUUUGAGUUUUUAACUGGAAUUCCACCAUUCAAUGAUGAAACACCACAACAAGUAUUCCAGAAUAUUCUGAAAAGGGAUAUUCCAUGGCCUGAAGGUGAAGAGAAAUUGUCAGAUAGUGCUCAGAAUGCAAUAAAUGUUCUUUUAACAAUUGAGAGCACCAAGCGAGCUGGAUUCAAGGAGUUGAAAUGUCACCCCCUUUUUCAUGGUGUGAACUGGGAUAAUUUGCAUAAUCAGACAAUGCCCUUCAUACCUCAGCCAAAUGAUGAAACUGAUACUUCCUAUUUUGAAGCUAGGAAUAAUGCUCAGCAUCUAACAGUGUCUGGAUUCAGUCUGUAGUACUGGAGAAAACAAUUUUCCAGAGGAUUGCACAUUCAUGACGCUUCCUAACACAGGUUUACUCUCAAUUUUGAAUAUAUUUUGUUUUAAAAACCUGAUGUGCUUUUAACUGUAUGUGUAUAUAUAUAUAUAUAUUCUUACAAGCUGUAUUGAAACUUUUCAUUCCAAACAGCUUCUCAUCUGUUUUUUUUUAUUCUAGUACCAGCACCUUAUGUAAAUCUUUAAGUAUUAUGAAUUUAAUGGUGGUAUGACACUAUCACACUGAACAAAAUAUCAUUUUCUGUUGCAUUACUGAUGGUGGGAAAAAGCUGCUUUGCUAUCUAGCAUACCUGGGAGGUUGAAUGUAUAGUCAUUAUUUAGAGGUCUGUAGUUGUUAUUUCAUGGAUUGAAUGUAAAACUGGUUUUCAGAUUAUACUUUCAAGCUGCACUGGCAAAAAAAAAAUCUUUAUUUUCAGUGUAGCCCAAAGAUGCUCCUAUCCUUGUGUGCAAAUCGUGAGGUACAAAAGAUUUCAGACACUUUAGGUCAUUUACAUGCUGCCUGUUCUGCUUAAGCUAUCAGUGUUCCAAAUUGUCUCUAAUGUAACUACUGAGGUCUGUUCUUCCACCCAGCUUACCUAAGAAAACUAUAACAAAACAAAAGCCCACCCACAAAACCGAAGUAGGUUUUAAGUGUCCCAUUCCAGUUUCUAGAUGAAACUUUUUUAGUUUUUAAAUACUGAAAACUGGAGGCUCCAUGUAUUACUGCCAACUGUUUAAGAUAGCCUAAUCAAACAAGUGUAUAGUAAAGUCUGUAUAACAUAUUUACAGUUCAGUAAAACUGAGAAUGUCAGAUGAGUUUUCAAUAAAUAAUGAAUUAACUAAUUAUGUAUUUUAAAUAUUGAAAAUAAAAAUAGACAUAGUUGGAGACAUAGCUUGUCAUUUUCUUUGAAUUAAGGUUCUCCAUCUCUGCCAUAUGUUGUUGGACUGCAAUUCCUAUAAUCCUUGGGAAUUGGUUGGGGCUGAUGAGAAUUGGAGUCCAAUAACAGCUGGAGGGCUACAGGUAGAGUUUUAACUGUCCUGAAGUGGUUUCUUAAUGGCAUGGAACAGCUUCGGCUCACAUAUCUUUAGGGGUGGAGAACUGUAUUUGCAUGGAGAGCCAGAUCAUUAUCUCUCCCAACCCCUCAUGAACCAAGUUUGACUGAUGAGUGGCUCUACCCACCUGUCAAUCACCUGAUGUCAACAAUGUAUCAGAUGACUUUUUUGCUUGCAAGGGUCCUCAGAAGCCAUUUCAAAGUGCUAUCUUAAUUUUUUUGGGGGGGUAGGUGCCCAGUGCUUUAGCCCGCAUUGAUGCCAUCAAGCAGCCUAGUACCUAGGAACUACUAUUUCUAGUCAACUAUUCUUUUAUAUGCAAUGUUCUAUAAGUCUUCAACUCAAAACACUCUCAUGUUCAAAAUGAAGCUACUAUUUGAUCUAGCAAUCAUUAUAUAGUGUGUUUACCAACAGAGUGCCAGUUGUCUAGCUGUAGGCAGAAAGAGUAAUUCAGCAAAUAACACUGCACCACUGCCUGUCCCUAGCUAAGAGUAAAUGCAAUUAAUAAAUGCCAAAAUUGUAUAAAUAGUAUGAAUGAAUAACAGCGAAGAAUAAAGAAUUACAAAAUCA